CUCUAAAUACAAAGCCAUUUGUAGCUUUCGUUAUCGAAAAUAGAAUGGGGAUCACAGUGGAGUUGUGGAGAGCUCGCAUUGGGCAGUUCAGUGGUGGGAGGGGAUCACAACCACACAGUAAAGCUCCCUCGACAAAAUAGCCUCUACACUUCAGUGAUACAGUGGGUACUACUGCAAAAGUUGUUCAAGGAGGCUUGCUUUUAUUGUUAAUUCUCAAGUUUCUGAGUUCUCACGACAAAUCACUUUUGCUAAAACGCACAAGAAAUGCUGGUCUCCUGAUGAUUGCCAUUGUUGGGUUGGUCCACUCUCUUGCCCAUCUCUUGCUGCUAGCUGGAGACAUUGAGAGCAAUCCUGGGCCACAAAUGGAUGAAGUUCUGACCCUCCAUGAGCAUCUAGAGGACGCUUGCAGCAAGCUGUUCAAGGCUCGUACAGAAUGGUUCAAUAUUGGGCUAAUUCUAGGUGUCAAUGGCAAGACUCUUACUGCUAUCCGCCAGGAGCAUUCUAGUAACCAUGGUGACUGUCUCCGAGAUAUGUUGGCUCAUCGUAUCAAAACAAUGGAUUCACUCACUUGGGGAGAUCUGUGCAAGAGUCUUAGACAUGUCACAGUAGGACCAAGGGCGUAUACAGAGAAGAGGGCAUGCAACUCGCCCAAUUCUCAGAAUCAUCCGACUUCGUAUUGAGCUAUUUUUAGAACUGCCCACAAAACGCCCACGCGUAAUCUUUGACCGCACAAGGUAAAUCAAAGUCUUUUUUAUAUCUGUGCUAGCUAGCUAGCUCGAUUGCAGCAUAGUAAAACUAGUUCUCAGCAGCAGUAUGGCUCGUACUAGCAGUGUCAAAGGCAAACCAUCCAACAGUUGCAACUCCAAGAAGAUGAAACCUAGGUACAAUAAACCUGUCUUCCUGAGUCUCUGGUACUUCUUAAGGCAUAUAGAAUUGAGACAGAGAAUUUUCAUUGCAUGUCUUACCAUUAACCAAUACAAGUUUCUAUGCAAAUUUUUUCUGGCAUGCAUAUAUUACGGGUCAUAAACGGGCACCUUUAAUUAAACGAGAAGCGUGGGUAUAAAAGGGGCGGGGCCCGACCAAAAAAAUGUCGCACGCAAAAUUUAUAAGGGAUAAAAUGGCUACUCUUUGCGCUCAGGCUGUAUCCCAGAUUCACUGCCUUUAGCAACGCUUUUAUGAGUGUAAAAGGGGCGUAUUGAACGCUUGACAUCCGCUUAGACACGUGGUCUUUUAGUCAGUAAACAGUAAGCUAGUUUGCGAUGGCUACUUCAAGGAAACGGGUGCGCUACACAAUGGACGUUCACUUCGUUGAUGAAGACAUAUGAUGAAGAGGAGAAGCAAGCGUUUCUUGGUCGCCUAAAGCACGUCCGUGAGCUGCUAAAGCCUCCUGGAAGCCCUCUGCUUGACAACUUUAGCCUGUUGAGCACACUCUGUGCUUCUGUUGAAGGUGACCCAGAUCACUCACACCCUCCCCCUACCCCUGUUACUGCAAUCAGGAGCUUUAUGAGCAACAAUGGUAUGUACAAAAACGAUACUUCCGAUGGGCAACAACUCUUUGCCACGGAGUAUCAUUGUUUCACUGACCUAGUGAAAGGGCUUGCCACGCCCUGUCCGUGUGGGGUAACUAGAAGUCCCUGGGAAGUCCAGUCAAUAGUACAGAAAGGACAUGUGGUACGAGCUCUUUUUUGCUGCCGACGCUGUAAGGUGCAGAAGAGAAAGUGGUCUAGCUCCCGUGUAUUUGGAGGACAUUAUUUGGUGAACCAGAAGGUUGUUCAUGGGUUUACUUGUGCUGGAAUUCUACCCUCCCAAUACACCCACUUUAGUCAGUUCUGUGGUUUAGGGACUGUUGGUCAAAGUUACAUCCGACAAGUGUACGGAAAGCUAGGUUACCGUGACAUUGUACAAAGGGCAGCAAACGUGAGCAUGAUGUCGGCUGUUUUUGAUGUGAAGGCCCUUCCUGAGUAUACCACCAACAAAGGAGAGUGGGUAAUCACUGAUGCCCGGCACGACUCAACAGCCAACGCAUACCACACAACUGUGCCUUGCCUGUCUGGAAGCAACAAGAAGAUACUCGGCAUAUCAACUCUCUCUCGGGCCGAACACUCCACUGCACAGACCAGAGAACUUGCGUGUACCAAGCUUGUUAUCCCUCAAGUGCAAAGCAGAGGUAUUGAAGUCAUCGAGGUAGCUCAUGAUAUGCAGGCGCAGGUCGCAAAGUACGUGUCAGACAAGUUGGGACUCAUCAAUUCCUACGACACUUGGCAUGGAACGAAGAAUGUGUCGAAGGAAAUAAAGAAAGUAACACAGGGCCUAGUUCGUGAUAGAGGGAAGGUUUGGUUUCCUGAAUUAUCAGAUAAACGAAGAAGUAUAAAGAUCCACCUGUAUUGGGCAAUGAAAAAUUGCGGAGGGUCUGCUGAGAAACUGAAGGAGAUAAUAAUGAAUAUCCCUAAUCACUACCAGAGAAUCCACACAAAUUGCCACCCUUCCUCUACUUGCCACAUGGACGACUACGAACCCAGUAGGGACAAGCUUGUUAGCAGAAAGGCUAUAGAAGCUCUCAUAAAGCAGCUCCAUACGACGUACAUUUACCGCUAUGCUAAAGAUUUCUGUUCGUGUCGUGAUACCUACUGGGUUGAGUCGUUCAACCAUCAACUCCUCACCUACCUGCCCAAGUGCAUUCACUUUUCGACUGAGACGUUCAUAAUGCGAAUGAAUUUGGCUGUCUUGGAUUGGAAUGAGAACGUCAAUCGCUCUUACACCAGUAUGAGCAAAGUGAGUGACCUUCGACGACCAGAUCGCCGCACAGCAAUGAAAGCCUUAGUGAAGAAAGGUUUUAAAUUUGUUGCUUUGCUAUGGGCAAUGUAUGUUGAACAAAACAAAGCUGAUAUGAGAGAAUUGAUCGAAGAAGAUGACGUAGUAGAGGAGCAGAAUGAUGACGUGACCUUAGAAGACGGAGUGAUGCCACCAGAAUAUUCUGACGAGUCAGAGGCUGAGGACGAUGACAUGGACGACUAACAAUUAAUGAUGACAUGGCCGACUAACAAUUAAUGAGUUUUAUUUGCUACGUAAUUGGUGUGUACAGGAUAAUUAUAAGGCAGUCACUCUCUAGAGGUGGACUCGGUUUCCAUACCAGCCUCUUCUGGCAAAUACUCAUCAGUUUCUGCCUCAAAUGUUGAUCUGUAAUAGUAAUAAGGAAUUAGUAUUUGCUUUGCUCUUGUUAGCCCCCCUAUGCUAAAUUCCUAGUCUCUUAGCAUAGUAGGCACACUAUUCCAUUUGAUAUCAAGGCCUUACCUGUAGUCACGGUAUAUGCCAUUGUGGCUGGGGUACCUCCUCCUAAUCUCCUACACAAGAGAAACAGUACAUGUACAUACCUGUAAAAUUUUAUCACUUACUAAAACUACACAUUUCGGGAUUAUUUCCCUCUUGUCAUGUAUCACUGUCCUCGUCUCCUUCCUAGCCAAAUACUCAUCAUCUACCCACACUCUCAGUGUAUUCAGCAACCUCCAGAACUUUCUGUACAGUUGAUGUCUUUUCUCAUCGUUGGCAGGAUGGGGGCCACAAAAUCCUCUUAGAAAGUCUGGAGGAAGCUGAAUCACACACGGUGAACACAGGCAGUGUAUGCAGUGAUCAAUGCCACGGAGAACUGGAGUUGCUGGGUUGUGCUGGUAACUACGAACAUGGUGCGGGUAUUCUAAUAAAAAAAUUUGACUUGUGUGUUUAUUCCUACUUUUAUGUACAUGUACCUUCUUGUGGUUCUGAGUCGUCGCUAUGAGUGUCUAGUGCUAGUGUUGCAUUCAACGUCAGCUGUACUGUUCGAUUGCCGCUUGGUUGGUUGUUCCGGAGAAAGUCGUUCAACCUGUCCACCCAAUCACUUGGAACUGCUUCCCCACUCAUUAGUAUUAGCUAAAGUAUGGAUUUGUAUGACUUUUUACAUUGUUCUAUUGUGUUCUUACUGUUAUAUCUCUAUUUCCAUCGCUGUUGGAGCUGCCAGAAGCC